AUGGCUUCACAUACAGCUGCUCAACGGUAUCUCAGCACACGUGGAGGCUCCUACAGUCUUUCCUUUGAAGAAGUCGUUCUUAAGGGUCUCGCACUCGAUAAUGGACUUUUUAUCCCAGAGGACAUUCCUUCACUGCCACAAAAUUGGCAGAACGACUGGCGUGAUCUUUCUUUUGAGGACCUCGCGUUUGAAAUCUUUUCUCUGUACAUUUCAACAGCGGAGAUUCCGUCCGCGGAUCUCAAGUCUAUCAUACAAAGGUCAUAUUCGAACUUCAGAUCACCUGAUAUUACGCCAACCGCAACGUUAGAUGGUGGGAAGAAGAUCCAUCUACUGGAACUAUUUCACGGACCGACAUACGCAUUUAAAGACAUCGCUCUUCAAUUUCUUGGCUAUUGCUUUGAAUUCUUUCUUGUCAGAAAGAACGAGGGAAAGACAGGGGAUGAUCGCGAACAUUUGACAGUCGUAGGAGCUACAAGUGGCGAUACUGGAAGUGCAGCGAUUUAUGGCCUGAUGGGUAAGAAGGACAUCUCGGUCUAUAUAUUAUAUCCUACAGGAAAGGUCAGCGCCGUUCAAGAGGCGCAGAUGACGACUGUAACUGACGAAAAUGUGCACUGUUUGAGCGUCGAUGGAACCUUCGAUGAUUGCCAAGACUUUGUCAAAGCGCUUUUCGCUGAUCCUGCAAUCAACAAGACCCAGAAACUCGCUGCAGUAAAUUCGAUUAAUUGGGCAAGAAUCCUCGCCCAGAUAUCGUACUAUUUUGCAGCCUACUUCUCUCUAAUCAAGUCCAACAAAUUCGACCCUUUGACCAACGAGAUACGUUUUGUAGUCCCUACAGGUAAUUUUGGAGAUGUUCUAGCUGGCUACUUUGCCAAACGAAUGGGUCUCCCAAUGUCAAAGCUCGUGAUUGCAACGAAUCAAAAUGACAUCCUUCAUCGCUUUUGGCAGACCGGUACGUACGAGAAACAGGCCACCCACGGUUCAGCAGCCGAAGGCGGCUUCGCAGAAGACGGUGUAAAGGCGCAUUCUUCGGGUGUGAAGGAGACACUUUCUCCAGCGAUGGACAUUCUCGUAUCAAGUAAUUUUGAGCGGUUGUUGUGGUUCCUUGCAUUUGAGGUUUAUGAUACCGACGCAAAAAGUGUCCACGAGAGAAGGCAAGAAGCAAGCUCAAAGGUCAAGGAGUGGCAGACCACUCUAAAGGAACGGGGAGGAUUUGGUGUGGAGCAAAAGAUCCUCGAUGCGGCGAAGAAAGAUUUUGCGUCUGAACGAAUCUCCGACCAGGAAACCUUGACGAGUAUUCGAGACGUCUACAGCUGGCCCAACACGCCAGGCUUGAAAGGGUAUGUUCUAGAUCCACACUCAGCAAUCGGUGUGACGGCGGCACUGCGAUCAGCGAAGGCUUCACCGGGCGUGCACAAUGUAGCCCUCGCGACUGCUCAUCCAGCCAAGUUCAGUAGUGCCGUGGAAUUGGCACUGAAAGAUGCGAAUGAUUUUGAAUUCAAAGAUAUCUUGCCUCCACAAUUUGUUGGCCUUGAAGAAUUACCUAGGCGGGUGAUAUACGUGAAGAAAAGUGAGGGGUUAGACGGGCUGCGAAAAAUCAUUGGAAAGAAGGUAGAGAUCGAAGAUAGAGCUGUAACAUAA